GCAACCGAUAGUUUGAACCAGAUCCUUUCGACGCAUCUUCAGCUGGUUCCAUGAGUUAUUGUUUACGCAUCUCGGAGAUUGUUUUUUAUUUUAUCACAAUAUAUUUCUGAAUUACUGUGAAAACAGCCGAAAUGAAGCGAAAGACGAGCGAAAUCUGGUGCUUCUUUCGGGCAGUAGACGACACCUACGCGGUGUGCAACAUCUGCAAGGCGAAGCUGUCGUACAAGACCACAACCACAAAUCUGAGUAAACAUAUGAACAGAAUGCACCCAACUACGGCUAUGGCUCGCACCCACAACUUUAAAUUCCACCGUCGACCGCAAGAAGGUGACAUGGACCGCAACAAGGCAAAGCCUCGAAACGCGACACAGGAGACGAUCCUUCUCGAUUUUGUAAAGAAGCACCCCCGCCUGCUGCAGAAUCCGACGUGGGAGACUAGAAAUAAUCUGGAGUCUCUAUGGGAACAGCUGACAAAUGAACUCAACAGGCAUGGGCCGCCGCGAAAAGAUAUACCUACCUGGAAAAAGGCCCUGAAAGACUGGAAGAGGUUCAUCUUAAAAAAGGUUGAGAAAAACGAAAUGCACAACAUGCCAUUUGGCACUAGUCUGAAUUCGUCGGAGGAAACCAUUGCAACUCUUUGCCGCUUAAACGAAGAUGUCAGUCAAAUAAUAAUGAAAGUUUCCGACGACGAUGAAAUGCACGAGAAUUCCACCACCGGGUUCGACAUAGACGAAGUGGAGGAUGUUGUGCCGGAGGAUGAUAGCGGCGGGCCUCUGCAAACCCCCGCCGAAUAUGUGUAUGAGCCGGAUGAGGCCAAAGUUGAAAUAGACCCCCUGUAUCUUCAGUCAAGCAGGCGACCGCGGGCCAGCAGCCGGGUAAUGGAAGAAGAAACUCUGCUUGAAAAGAUUAAAGACAAUAUAAGUCUGGUCAAUGAUUCCGCCAGCAGUGUGCACCUAGCGCUUAACGAGUUCUGCUUACUGUAUAAGCAGAAGUUAUAUGAGGAUAAGAGGCAUCACCUGGCCAUGGAGCAGUUGAUGGCGGAGAAAGUCGAUUUAAAGAGGAAACUUUUAGAAAUUGAGCAAAGGAAGCUAUCUCUUAAAUAACUAAGCUCUCCUAGCAUCAAGUGUUGGAAUUAAAACUCAACUGUAUAUUUUGCUUAAGAUCUUAGGUUCCCUGUUGUCUAAUUUUAUAUCUGUUCCGAUACUCUAUCACACUCCAAAUCAACUGAAUACCAGUAUAAGAAUAACAUAAGCUAUUUUAGUUCAUUUUUAUUGUAGACAUUUAGCUUAUUUGCAAUUGUUCUUCGUAGACUUGUUUAACGAUUUCCUUGAAUUCUGGGGGGUAGAAUGCAUCGCUCAUGACAACAUCAUAUGCAUAUUGCGCCUCCUUUAGGAAGAAUUUCCUUAUUUAAAAUAAAUAUUGAAGCAUAAUACAAAUAUUACUUA